AGGUCAAUGUUACUGUAUGUUCUUAUUCUCUAUAGGGUUGGUUUGAAGGGCACAAGGAUCUCUACAAGGACGUCAUGAUGGAGAAUCAGCCGCCCUUCACAUCACCGGAUGGAUCCAGUACUGGGAGAUGUCCCCGUCCUCCCCACCCCACUCUGGAACAUCACAACGACUACAAUAUAAAAGUAGAGGAUUCUGAUGAUGAUGAUGAAGAGGAGGAGGAGGAGUGUAUAAACAGUGAUCACUCAUGUAAUGAGGAGAAUUUCCCCACAAAGACUGGCACAGAUGGAUCCAGGGACAGAAACCCACCAGAGAGAUGUCCCCAUAUUUUGGAUUCCCCCGAGGAGGGUCACAGAGAUUUAGAGGAUGAUCAGGAGGAAUUAUUUAAUGUUGUUAAAAUGGAAGAUACAGAUGAAGAGGAGACAUGUGCAGGGGGUGAUCUGCUGUGUAAAGAGGAGGAAGUCCCUUCAGAGAUCAGUGCAGAUGGACGUUAUAUUGAGAACACAUCUCAGGGGCUAGAUAGCCCAGGAGAAAAUGUUGUCACCCCAGAUAUCCAUCAAGGACUCCACAGCCCAGAUAAAACUUUAGAGACAUUUCCUACAGAAAACACUGACUUCCUUAUUACGCACCAGAAAACUGACGUCAUCAAGAAGCCAUACUCCUGUCCACAGUGUGAAAAGUCCUACACCAAGAAAUCCAACCUCAUAGAACACAUCAGCGCUCACAACGGCGAGAAGCUACAUCCUUGUCCAGAGUGCGGGAAAUUCUUCACCCAAAAGUCGUAUCUCGGACAGCACCAAAAAAUUCACACGGGUGAAAAGCCGUAUUCCUGUCCGCAGUGCGGAAAGUGCUUCACUCACAAAACCAACCUGGCCGAGCAUAAGAAAAUUCACACGGGCGAGCGGCCUUUUUCUUGCUCGGUGUGCGGAAAGUCUUUUACCCGGAAGUGUUACCUGGCCAGCCAUGAGACCAUGCACACAGGCCAGAAGCCUUUCUCUUGUUCCGAGUGUGGGAAAUCCUACAACAAGAGAUCCAAUCUUCUGGAACAUGUUAGAAGUCAUACAGGGGAGAAACUCUUUUCCUGCGAUAUUUGCGGGAAAAGCUUCACGCAGAGGUCCUACCUGGGGCAACACCAGAGGAUUCACACAGGGGAGAAGCCAUUUAUGUGUUCGGAGUGCGGCAAAAGCUUCACCCAUAAACCAAACCUAGCAGAGCACAUGAAGACCCACACAGGGGAGAAGCCCUAUUCCUGCCCGGAAUGCGGGAGGUGUUUCGCCCGCAAGUCAUUCCUGGACGAUCAUCGGUCCAUCCACAGCGGGGAGAAACCCUUUUCCUGUACAGAGUGCGGGAAAUGCUUCAGGAAGGAACCAUCGCUUAUUUUCCAUCAGAGGAGCCACACCGGGGAAAAGCCCUUUUCUUGUGCACACUGCGGGAAAUGCUUCACUCACAAGUCAUAUCUAGUGAGGCAUCAGAAGACCCAUCGUGAUUAGAUACUGUGUUACUGAUCAGGAUGUGGGAGGGGUUUUGUUCACAGAUCCAAUCAGAUUUAAAAAAAAUAACUUUCAUGGGAGGAGUGGGUGGAGUGUUUGUUUUACAUGACUAUGUGCUCCAAUCCAACUAUAUUUUGUUUCCAUACAUCUGUUCUUCCAACCUCCAUGGCCCUAAUCACGUGAACUUGUCUCUAAUCUUUUGGCCUGUUUGUCCUUGUCUUUUGAUCCAGGUGUCCCUGUUUCUGUUUAUUUUGUACCCCAACCAUCUACUCUCUAUUCCCAUUCCCCAUAACCUCUAGUUCUUUAAUCUCUAUACCCCACCAGUCCCUUGAGUCGCUAUACCCCACCAGUCCCUUCAGUCUCUAUACCCCACCAGUCCCUUCAGUCUCUAUAUUCCCCACCAGUCCCCUCAGUCUCUAUAUUCCCCACCAGUCCCCUCAGUCUCUAUAUUCCCCACCAGUCUACAUACCCCGCCAAUCCUUCGGUCUCCAUAACCCACCAGUCCUUCAGUCGUAGUCCACAAAUUCUUUAGUCUCCAUACCCCACCAGUCCUUCAAUCUGCAUCACCCACCAAUCAUUCAUUCUCCACCCCCCCAAUCCUUCUGUUUUUGUCAUCCUCUUGCCCAAACCCUCUACUCUCUAUGUCCCUUCCCCUUAAACUAUAGUCCUUUAAUCUCUAUACCCCACCGAUCCUUCAAUCUCUAUACCCCACCAAUCAUUCCGUCUCUAUACCCCACCAAUCCUUCAAUCUCUAUACCCCAAUAAUCCUUCAAUCUCUAUACCCCACCAAUCCUUCAAUCUCUAUACCCCACCAAUCCUUCAAUCUCUAUACCCCACCAAUCCUUCAGUCUCUAUACCCCACCAAUCCUUCAGUCUCUAUACCCCAUCAAUCCUUUAAUCUCUAAUCCCCACCAAUCCUUCAAUCUCUAUACCCCACUAAUCCUCCAGUCUCUAUAGCCCACCAAUCCUUCAGUCUCUAUACCCCACCAAUUCUUCAGUCUCUAUACCAACCAAUCUUUCAAUCUCUAUACCCCACUAAUCCUUCAAUCUCUAUACCCCACCAAUCUUUCAAUCUCUA